GGUUAGUAAGUCGGAAGUUACUGAAUGUAAAAAUGAAAACUUGACUGGGUAGGUCCAGACAGAAAAAAACGUCUUAUUGUUUGUUGUGAAUAUCUCAGUCUGUCUCUCAGAAAGUCUUCAUGAGGACCCUUCAUCAACAUUUAUGUUUAAAUCGCCGGUCAUCUGUAGCUGACGCCUCCUAUACAGUAUGUAUUUAGCCUUCAUUAGCAAAGUGGCUGAACUGUUAGCCGCCGUGGAGCUAAACCAGCUAAUAGUAGGGAGUUAAUCAGUGUUUCCAGCGUGAGAGCCUGCAGAAGUUAAUGGUUUAGAGCUACACAUUCCGAGUUUGUGACACUGUGUGAGGAAGACCACACGGGCCGUCUGCGGAGACCUCCUCUAACAUCGUUGUUCAGGUGAGGAUCAAGAGACUGGAGAAAGUUAGAAAGUGGACCCAGAACUAUUGACCCAGAUGCUGAUUGGUGUCUGACUCCAGCUUCAGUAGAAAAACUGAAGAUCCCGGUUCUAUGGCUGAAACUUUGACAUAGGCUGAAGACAAAUAUUGUGUAAAGGGAAAUCCCAGGUGGAGCGAGGAUGACUGAGAUGAUGAAGGUUGAAGCAGAUGAACCUGGAGGGUUCAGCUUGGAGUCUCCCAUUCCUGCAGCGUCCACAUCAGAACUGGAGGAGAAAACGCAAGACAGCAAGGAUCUCAUCCAGACGGUGGUGAUAAAAGAAGAGUUUGUCCAUGACUGGAGCUCCAGUUCGGACCAACAGGAUUCAGAGACACUUGACAUAAAGGAGGAAGAGGAGGAACUGUGGAUCAGCCAGGAUCAUGUUGUGAAGGUUGAAGAUGUAGAAAAAUCCCAGUUGUGUGAACUUGAUGGAAUCAAACCUCUUGCCGACAGAGAGACAGCAGCUCCAACCUGCAGCUCUGCUGAUCUGUUGGAAACAGAUCCUGAUGGAGAUGACUGUGGAGGAGCAGACGCAGACUGGAGCCCAGAUCCAUUUUGUUCUUUUCAACAAAGUGACACGACUGUUCACAAAAGAGUUUCAGGUUAUAUAGCUGGAACCUUGACCCAGUUGAAGAUGUAAAGGCUGCAAACAAGAAUUUUCAGAAUAAAAAUCCAGAUGUUCCCUGUCCACCAGAACUUCAGUUUGGACCAGCGCACCCUAGAACCUCUCCAGAUAAAGGAGGAACAGGAGGAACUGUGGAUCACUCACACAAGAGGGCAACCUACUGUGAAGGGGGAAGAUGAUGAGAAACCUCAGUUGUCAGAGCUUCAUCACAUUAAAACUGAAGACAAUAGAGAGACUGAAGCUUCAGCCAGCAGCUCAGCUGAACUGAUGAAAACAGAACUUGAUGGAGAAGAGUGUGGAGGAGCAGAACCAUAUUCAAAAUGCUGCCUUGAGUUAAAAACUGAUGAAAUUACUUCAGAUUCUUCUGUGACUGAAAUCACUGAUGAUGAUGAUUGGCAAGGUCCUUUGUCAGGUUCUGAUCCUGACAUAGGAUCACAAACUCAAUAUAAGGAUCAGAGUAUCAAUAUUCAGAAGACCAUAAAACCUCAGUCAGAGUCUGGUAAAAAAAAUGUCUCCAAGUUUCCUUUUCAGGAAGGAAAAAGCUCUUCCCUCUGUUUGGUUAACCAGAAAUGUCCUGGAGUUAAAGAAAACAUGGAUUCCCCACCGGUCCAUGGUAGUUACAAAUGGUUUUGUUGUGAUGUUUGUGGAACACAUUUUACCAAAAAGGGAAAUCUGGAGAAACACGUGAUGGUUCACAAACAAGAAAAAACAUUUACCUGUGAAGAAUGCGGUAAAAACUUCAAACGACAUUUACAGCUUACUGUUCAUCUUAAAAUUCACAGAGGUGAGAAGCCUUAUCGUUGUGAUUUUUGCGGUAAAGGGUUUAUAGUAAACAGUGCUCUGCAAGCACACAAGAGGCUCCACUUAGGAGAGAAGCCAUUUGGCUGUGAUGUUUGUGGUAAAACCUUUCAUUUAAGGAGGAUUCUGAAAAUGCACAUGAAGGUGCAUUCGGUGGAGAAACCAUUUCAUUGUACAAUGUGUGAAAAACAAUUCAAAUGUCCAUAUAUUCUUAAAAAGCACAUAAGCCUCCACUCUGGACUGAAGCCAUUUGUUUGUGGUGUUUGCAGUAAAGCAUUUUCACAAGAAGAAACUCUAAAAACACACAUGGUUGUUCACACUACAGAAAAACCAUUUCCGUGUGAUAUUUGUGGAAAAAGUUUCAAAUAUAUGUCCUACGCUCGAAAACACAAACUGUUUCACAGUGGCGAGAGCGGACAUAGCUGCGAUAUUUGUGGUAAAACGUUUGUUUUAAAGCCUGCGCUGAAGGCACACAUGAGGAGUCACACUGGGGAGAAACCAUUCUCCUGUGAUGAUUGUGGAAGACGGUUUCAUGUUAAGGCAAACCUUAAACAGCACAUGAGGGUCCACACAGGCGAGAGGCCAUUUGCCUGUGAUGUUUGUUGUAAAACAUUUAGUAGAAAGACCCAUCUUACAGUGCACACACGUAUACACUCGGGAGAAAAACCAUUUUUCUGUAACAUUUGUGAAGAAAAAUUUCGAUUUCAGCACAAUCUCAAAACACACAUGAGGGUUCACACAGGAGAAAGGCCUUAUGUUUGUAGCUUUUGCUGUAGAGGAUUUUCACGACAAGAGCACCUAAACAAACACAUUGUUAUUCACACAGCAGAAUAAGUUUAGUUUUUGUCAUUGUGGUCAAAAUCUAGCGGUGUGAAAAUAGUUCCUUAGAUUGCUGGUUAAAAUUGCAGGAAAUGCUAACUAAAAACUUAAUUAUGCAGGAAAGAUAAUAAAUAACUGAUCAGCAUAGUAAAGGGGUUUCUACAAGUGGUGAUAUUUAAACAAACUAAAGACAGCUAGACUUUGUAUAAGAAGGCUUAUGAGAAAUAUAAUUUAGCCAUUUAUUAUUGUACUGUCUUAAACAUUAACAUUCAACAUAGGUUGCAUGUGAGCAAAAAAAAAAAAAUCUGAUUUGGGUUGCAUUUACCUGUUGUGUGAAAUUUGCCUCACGUCUCUAAAGAGCACCUCACUGAUCUUAUUUCAACUACAGGGGCUAGGAUUAUUUAUUUAGGGGUUAAAGGUCUAAACCUUUCCUCUGCUAGACAAAUACUUUUUCGUUCAUCUUGUUCUAAUGAGUAAUUAAAUUAGAUUCUUUUCCAGGGGUUAAAAGAAUUAGAUUUUAAUGCGUACAUCUAUUUCUAACUUAAGUAGCAUUUAAUAGCCUUCAUGAGCUUAAUAUUGUCACAACUGUAUAUAUUAUUAGUGCGUUGUUUCAGUGGGAUUUGUAUGUAGGAUAAUGGAGACAAGAUUGGUGAACUGGUGCACCUGUGUUAAACCAAGUAUAGCACCAUAGAUUCAGCUCUACAAAUUGAUAAGAUUUCAUCCAGCUUCUUUUGUUUAUCAUGACUCACAAACCUGCAGGUUAUACAUUUAGUCAGUCUUUUAAAUGUCAGCUUCAAAAGGGGCUAUUGAAGUAAUUUAUUCCUUCAAAUCAAAUGUAUUGGAGCAGAAACGUUUGAUAGCAGUGUCCUAAUGUUUCUGAGUAGGUGGGGGUUUUGCUCCUUUAAGAACAUUUUACCAUUUUACUCCAGUGACUCAGAUAGAAAAUGAGUCUUCAUUUCAAUCUUUAAAUCUGAAAUGAAUUUAUAUGAUUAGCAAGUAAAACAUUUUUGUUCUGUAUGGUAAUGCAAUGUGUAUCUCUGUUACAAUACAUUAGUUGUAGAGAAACAUGAGUGUCAUUGUCAAAAUUAAGUAAACAAUGUCAGAAAUAUUUUCAGGCUUUUCAAAGCUUAUGUAUUGAGUUCGACUCGAGCCUUUUUAUAAAUUGCAUGUUUAACUUUUUUCAUAGUGGAUUCAAAA